AUGAGAUUAUCCUCACUGCUUUAUACAAUCUUCAUUAUCAAGCUAGUGAGGUCUGAAAAGAAGGUUACCUUUGACAUUUUAAAACCAGACUCAAAUAAAACGAAAGUUAAUGUUAGUAAAUACUCUGGACUAGAGAGCAAGAGGUACACCCCAAAGGAUGGAUUUCGUAUAAACAAGGUCAAGUAUGGAGAUAAACAGUUAUGGAAGUCCCGAUUGAGACAUAGUGAUGGCUGUAAAAUCAUAGAAAUCUAUUCCAAGGAAGAGACAAAACUCUUGGUUUUAAAUGUCGUAAAAGGAGGAUCUCUAGAGUUUAAGCGUUUUGAGGAGGUGGGUGGAAAGUGGAAUGACAUCACUUUGGCUACAUUUAACAAUAAGCUUAAUGAGGCAAAGAAGAAAGGCUCUAAACCUGCUGCUGGUACUACCACUUCUCCUGAAGUCUCUUCCCAGGCUCCUACCACUUCUCCUGAAGUCUCUUCCCAGGCUCCUACCACUUCUCCUGAAGUCUCUUCCCAGGCUCCUACCACUAGUAAGUCUACUAAGUUGAGCCGCUGGUCAGCCAGAUGUGCUGAGACUACUCCCAUCACUCUGGAUCUUGCUCAUCCUGACCGGUCCAAGGUAUGUGUAGAUGAUCAUUAUAGUAAUGGAGUAAAGACCAAGAAAUACUCUCCAAAGGAUGGUUAUCAUAUAUCCUCAGUUUUGGACGAUACAAGGGAGGUUUGGACUCUAUUUUACACCAACACAAAGUGCAAACUUGUAAGGGUGUAUUCUAAGGAUGGUAUAGAAAUUCUUUAUCUAGAUAUUAACUGUAGCUGCGAUCCAUUCUCUAAGCACUUUGAAAAGGUAAAUGGAGAAUGGGAUGAAAUUGAUUUAAACGUGUUUGAUAAGAAGGUAAAAGAGAUUAGAGGAGGAUCUAACCCUGAGGAACUUGUAAGUUCGCUAGCUUCCAAAGUAGAUGAAUCCUUAUUCGAUGUAGAGGAGGCUGAGGAAGAUACUGUCAAGGUUCUUAAACUCACAGCUAAGGAGGGUGCUGAGGCUACUAAGCUCGCAUUUGAUGGUGUAUCACUAUGGGAAGAUAAGAAAAAGUUAUGUUCUUCUGCCAUCUUGUAUCUCGAUGGAGACAAGCCUACUCUUGCCGUUUUAGAAACAAAGGAUAAGGAUAAUGUUACAAAGGUUUACAGAUACCAUGAUGGUAAGCAGUGGAAGAAUGGUAACGAAGGGACUCACAAGAGUAAGCUAGAAGCUCUAGAGAAGAAGUGUAAUCCCGAUCUCAAAUCCAAAGUAGAUUCUUCACUCUUUAAUGUAGAGGAUGGAGAAGAGAAUGGCUUUAAGGUUCUUAAACUGACUGUAAAGCAUGGUAUCUCUACCAACAACCUUACUUUUGAUGACAAAGAGAUAUGGUCUGGUAGUAAGACGUUUAGUAAAUCUUCAAACCUGGUGGAGGCUCUGAUAUACUUUUACAAGGAGGUCCCAGCAUUAGUUACUAUCCAGACCAUCAAAGGAGGCAUUAAAUCCACAGUUUACAAGUACUAUGAUGGUAGUAAAUGGCAAGAUGGUAAUAUGGAUGAGCAUAACAAGAGUCUGGCCGCUUUAAAGAAGAGAUGUGAACCUACUAUUCCUAUUACUCUUGACCUUGCGAGUACCGAUAAAUCAAAGGUAAAGAUAGGGACGAAGGAAGAUAAGGGUCUAAAACAUACCACAUAUACUCCGAAUACUGGUUUCAAGAUUACUUCUGUUGUUGACGGUAAAGCUAUGCUUUGGACAGCUUCUGGAGAUGAAAAGUGUUGCUUCGCUAGGUGUUACACAAAGGGUGAUACUUCAUUCCUUUACAUAACUAUAAAGGGUGGUAAUGACUUGGCAGCUAAAUUCUUUGAGAAGAGUGGUAACGACUGGAAAAUUUUAAAGGAGGAUGAGUUUAAUGAGAGGGUAAAGACAGUGAUGGGAGGAGCCGUGAAAUAUACAAGUCAAUUCGGCUCCAAAGUAGAUUCUACUCUCUUUAACGUCUUGGACUCCGCUGAAGAUUAUGUCCCAGUUCUCAAGCUCAAAGCCAAGGAAGGUGUGACUAAUAACAAACUUACCUAUGGAUCUGACGUAGUCUGGGAAGAUAAGAAGAAAUCCUGCUCCUCUGCUCUCUUGUAUAUGGAUGGAGAGAAGCCCACUCUUGCAGUACUUGUUACCAGGGAUGAUAAGAAUAAUAAGCAGAGCGAGGUUUACAGAUACCAUGACGGUAAAGAAUGGAAGAAUGAUAAAGAGAAUGAUCAUAACAAGAAGCUUGAGGCUCUAAAGGAGAAUUGUAAGCCUUCAAUUACUACUACUCCAUUCAAACUGGAUAUCACUAACCCUGACAGAACUAAAUUAACCAUUAAUGACAUCAACAAUACUGGAUUGCCAUACAGAGAAUAUGUUGCAAAGGAUGGUUAUCAUAUAGACCACAUUGUUGAUGGCCAAUUUGAUCUUUGGAUUGCACCUAAAGGAGAAAUAUGCAUAGCAGUUAAAUCCUUUAUACAAGACGCAGUCACGAUCAUUGCCAUAUUUAUAAAGGAUGGUGAUACAAAGAGGCGUAAAUGCGUUGAGAAAGCUGGUGGACGGUGGAAAGAUAUUGAUGGUCAAACAUUUGAAGAAAAACUAAAAGCAAUCAGGGAAGAACGAGUUGCUGGAAAUGAGGGUGCAGGGAAUGAUGGUUCACCCUUUACCCUAUUACCUCCUGAACAAAUUACAUCUAAACAGAACGCUGAAAACCACACCGAGAAUAUGGUCAAUGCGUAUGCAUCUGAGAUUUUAGGUGCCCCCGCAAAGAAGCCAAAGGUUGUUCCGAGAGCUGAGAGUGCAAAUGAAGGUAUUGCUACCGACGAACCUGAAAGUGUAACGGAAGAUACAGAACCUCAAGUUCCAUCUGGACCUCUCACAAAUUGCACUUUAGAUCUUUCAAAACCUGACGAGGAUGAAAUAUCUGUAAAGGAAAAUAAGAAUUAUGGAGGUGGAGUAACACAAAAGGACUUUUCUCCACAGGCUGGUUUCAAAAUAGAUUACAUUCUUAAUGGUGGAACACCAGUUAUUAAGCUUUCAGAAGGCGAGGAAUUUAAACAUAUACGUUUAUAUUCCAAGAGGACUUCCAACCUACUCAUGCUUACCAUGAAGAAACUUGGGGGCCUCGAGCACCAGUAUUAUGAGAAAAGAGCUGAAGAGUGGCAUAAUCUCAAUGAUCAAAAUGAGUUUGAUAGGAAACUAAAUACAAUGAAAACCUCUAGAUAAUGAUACAAUGUCCCAACUACUACACAUAAAUCCAUGGAAUUUUAAGGAUCAUUUACUUGUACUAUAGAAUGACCACUCAUUCAUUCAUUCAUCCUUUGUAUGGACAUACUCACCAUUAAUGCAGUAUGUUCUCUCUACCCUUGGUAGGUAGCACUAUACACAGUUGUCCAUGGAAUAUCUGGACUGUUAUAACACUCGUUUAUUU